CUCCCCUCUCCUCCUCCCUCCCUGGUCUCCCGGCCGGCGAUGUGGCCGCAGUUCGCCCCCCUGCGCCUCCCCCUGCGCCGCCGACUCCAGACGGCCGCCGUCCUGCAAUGGGUCUUCUCCUUCCUGGCCCUCGCGCAAUGCUGCCUGCUGCUCUUUGGGGUGCUGCUGGUGGGCGAGGGCUGGGCGUUGGCCGCGCUCUAUGCCGCCUGGCUCUACCUGGACUGGGAGACCCCCGCCCGUGGUGGGCGCCGCUCCGCCUGGGUCCGCCGGUGGGCCGUCUGGAGGCACUUCCGGGACUACUUCCCCAUCACGCUGGUGCGGACGGCAGAGUUGGACCCGCGGCGCAACUACCUCUUUGGCUUCCACCCGCACGGGGUCCUGGUGGCGGGGGCCUUUGGGAACUUCUGCACGGAGGCUACGGGCUUCUCGGAGCUCUUCCCGGGACUCACGCCACACCUCCUGAUGCUGCCCUUCUGGUUCAAGGUGCCCUUCUUCCGCGACUACAUCAUGAGCGGAGGGCUGGUCUCCUCGGACAAGGCCAGUGCCGCCUUCCUCCUGAGCCACGAGGGAGGGGGCCAGGUGGCGGUCAUUGCGGUGGGGGGCCCCUCUGAGUCCCUGGAGGCCCGCCCGGGGGCCCUCACCCUCCAGGUCCUCCACCGGAAGGGCUUCAUCAAGAUGGCACUCACACAUGGGGCGGCGCUGGUGCCGGUCUUCUCCUUCGGGGAGAACGAGCUCUUCCUGCAGGUCUCCAACCCGCGGGGCUCCCUCAUCCGCGCAGUGCAGGAGCGGCUCCAGAGGGUCAUGGGGCUGGCACUGCCCCUCUUCCACGCUCGCGGGGUCUUCCAGUACGACUUUGGCCUCCUCCCCUUCCGUAGGCCCAUCCACACUGUUGUGGGGGCCCCCAUCCCGGUGCCCAAGACCCCCCACCCCUCCCGCGAGGCCAUUGACGAGCUCCACGCCACUUACCUGCAGAGCCUGGUCCAGCUCUUCGAGGAGCACAAGGCCAAGUACGGCGUGCCGGAGGACAAGCACCUGGUCCUGGUCUAGACCUGGGAAGGAGAAGAGCCACCAGUUGGGAUUGGGACCACUUCCUGUUGGAGCCUUUUCCCUUCCUUCCUGGCAAGAGGAGGGGGAGGGGUUGAGAGACUGACCACAGAUGGAGGGCGGCCUGAAAGGGGAAUGCUGGCCCUCCCUCUUUCCUUUGGAAGGCCAUCUUCCUUUUCUUUGCAAUGGUGAGUUUUUCUCACUGCUAACAAGUGCCUCCGCCUCAUGGUCAUGGCCACAGGUGUGCAGAAGGGCGGCCAUAUUGAAGCACCUUCUUGCAGAAAAUAAAUUGGAAAUGGAUC